GCGGGGGGAAGCGGCAACUUUUUUCGGCGGCAAAAAACUGGGGGGAAGCCUAGAACGCGGCCGGUCACCACGACGACGGGGCUCCUUGGUAGCCGUGUAAAAAGUCACGUGAUGUGCAAAUUUCGGCGGGAAUUCGUUGAUCGUUCGAAUGUUGGCUGCCAUCUUGAAUUAUAAUAAGGGCGAAAAAGGCAAUUUUAUGGUUGUUUUUGCAGUUUAUUUUGGCCUGAAACAGAAAGAGCAUAGUUUGUAGCACCCUACGACCAACACCAUGUUUUACCAUCAAUUUAUCUUGGCUAAAAAAGCCCCAUUGGCCAGGGUGUGGCUGGCUGCCCACUGGGAGCGUAAACUCAGCAAGGCGCUUGUCUCUGAGACAGAUCUCCCCUCAUCAGUUGAGAGCAUUAUCUCACCCAAAGUCAAGCUUGCCCUGAGAACAUCAGGACACCUCCUUCUCGGAGUUGUAAGGAUAUAUUCCAGGAAAACUAAGUAUCUUCUGGCAGAUUGCACAGAGGCUUUUGUAAAAAUCAAAAUGGCUUUUCGACCUGGAGUGGUUGAUCUACCUGAAGAGGGACGAGAACUUGCAUUUGCUGCUGUCACUAUGCCAGAAGUCUUCACAGACCUUGAUAUGACAUUACCUGAACUAAAUGAGGUUGAAAUUCAUGCACAGUUCACUCUAAACCAGGGCCGAAUUGAGGAAAUCACCAUGAAGGAAGACAUUAUCACAAACAACUUCAUUGGCGAUGAUGGUUUUGGAGACAUCCUGUUUGAAGGGGAAUUAGAACCAGAAAUGUUUAGGCAUGAGCCCUCUGUGGAAGAACCACUUAACCAGUCAAAUGAUGUUUCCAAAUUAAGCUUAAUUGAAGGUGGAGAACCAAAGGGAAUCAGUGAUUCAACUUUGGAAAGAACCAGACUAGACAUAGCCCUUGAUGAACCACUCAGAGAUGAUGGAUUCGGUGGGGAGGGUGUGGAUUUCCUCGCUGAUGGGUUUGGAGAUGAACUUGGUGGUGGUGGCGGCGAUGCACUGGUACCUGGUUUUGAUGACUUGCCAACUGCUGUUGCUGCGGCAGAUGUUACCCUAGAGCCAGUAGAUACUAACUUGGAUGAACACAAGGAAAGUCCAGUUGUUGAACCUGCACAAGAUGAGGCUGUUAACGAGACUGCGAAAGAAACAACCCUGUUACACAAUGAAGCAGAGGCUUUUGUUCUUGAGCCUGUGGAAGUUGUUCAAAGAGAAAAGCGUAGCCGCAGAAAGAGGAAACUCAUCGUUGAUGAUGAAAAAAUUUUAGCCACCGAAACCAUCAAGUCUCAACUUGCUGACACAACUGAUAUUGUCAAACCUGCUACACUUGCUCCUCCUACGAAGUGCAGGAUGAAACUCAAAAUUUCAUCAACAGCAGAAAAGCUUUUUGCUCUACCAGGCACAGAGUUCUUUGCGUCGCCAGUUGUGGAUUCUUUUGUUCAAAAUCUUACAAAGGAAGUUAAUGGUGAGUCUGAUACCACAGAGUUAGAGGAAAAAAUGGAUGUUGAUGAACCAGAAAUAGCAAGGGAAGAAGGGGAUGUGUCAGGAAUUUACGAAGGCAGUAAACGGUCUUCAGUAUCUUUUGCAAACACAGAGGCCAAUGAAACUGUGCUACCAGAGGAACCAGUUGAUACUGCUCUUGAGAAUUACGAACGGCCAGUGGAAGAGGAAGAGCCAUUCUUAGCUGAUGGUGUGGAGGAUAUUUAUCCAAACCGAGAUGAGCUUGAGGAUAAUGAACUAGAACAAGAAUUAACAGCCUCCCAAACAAAUGAAGAGCAGCAAAGCUCUGAAACAAGUGAACAGUUUGAAAAUCGACGGUGGACAAAACGCACCCAACAGCUUCUGCACACACUCAAGAGAGAGUUCCAGAAAAAAGACUCUGUAGGUUUUGGUAGCUUGGUACACAAGAGCAGUCGGAAACAAGUAGCUUACAAAUUCUACAGCUGCUUACUGCUCAGCAAGGAAUCCAGCAUCAAUGUUCGUCAGAAAAAACCAUUUGGAGACAUUUCAAUUUCGAAAGGACAAAAUUUUGAUUCGGUAUGUUAACAUGCCUCUCUUAGUUUUAGUACAGUUACUGUAGUUUACAUUGUUUUUAGUCCAAUAUUUUACUGUAGGUUCUUAUUUUGUACAGUUUACUUUUUAAAGUUUAUUUUACGUGGCUUGUUAUUGGCCUCUACAUGUAAGUUGUGGGGUAAGUUAAUAUUGAAGUGUUGAGGUCAGGUGGCCUAAGAUAUCCAGACAGUACUUUGGUCCUCAAAUUAUUGUAUGUUCCACAAGACUGUUGUUGAAAUAAAAAAAAUGUUGUGGUACUUCUUUGGCAGCAGAUAACCUUUUGCCUUAUUAGCUGGAAGCUUCUUGCAGCAUUUGGCAAUUGAACUGUUUUUACUUACUUUAUAGUUCAAAUGCACAUUCAUUUUACAAAGUGAUAGCCUGUUAAUGUUGUGGUUAUACUUGACUGUGUAGGCAUUUGUUUUUUUCCUUACAUGUACAUGCAUUGGAACAGUUUUAACAUCUAUUGUAAAUAUUUGUAUAUGUGUAUGUACACAUACCAAUAUGCCACAUUUAAAUCAGUUUUGCCAUGAUAAUUAUUUUAAUUAUGUGAAUUACUGUUUCUCAUACAUGUGUAAAAACAGAAAAGAUUUAUAAACUUGAAAGCACUCUCUGCAUCAUCUCAUUAAUUGAAUAGUUGUUUUAUUACUUUGUUUUAGCUGAAAUGCUUUGAGAAAAAAUAUGCUGGUUAAAUUUGGAUAAUUGGUUGAAAUCAUUACUUUUGUAAACUUGUAGACCGAUAAACAGCAGGAAAACAACAUACAUCAACAUGUACUCUAAUGUCUUAUUUUCUCCGGAAAUUUCAAAAUGUUGUCAUUGGAAUCACAAACAUUGCCAAAACAUUGCUUGGAAAGAAAAUGUCUUCAAACAUGUGAUCUGGGAUAAGGAUUAAAUUUGGAAUGCAUGCUUUGAAUGAAAAUUUGAGAAUGGCAACACCUAACAGUGCCACCCUUGCAUUGAAUAUUCUACAACAGAGCUUCACUUUAUCUAUUUCUGUGCCCCAUUCAGUGAAAAAUAAAGGACAUUAACUGUAUAGCAUAACACAACAGUAAACUAACUGUACAUUGGGUACCAAGAAGAGUUUUAUUGUUUGCUUCCCUGUGAGGAAAGAGCUUUUUUAAUAUUGUUCAGGUUCACUGUAGGGCAGAUACCUUUAUUGAUAGACAAACAGCUGAAAGUUACUCAUUAAACGUUAUAAUAAUUAUUAUUAUAGAUAUUGACAAACCACAGCUAUGUUAAAAUCAGCUGUCUUAAUUUUAGAAAUACUCUCGUACAUAAGCAUUUUUAGCUCCAUUUAUAUUCAAAAGUUCCUUAAUGAUGAGGUCUCUUUACAUGAUAAACAAUACUUUGAAGAUUGCACUUGGUAGCUUUAAUCAAUUUGAGGUGAUAAAUAAAUUCAAUUUUCCAUUUGUGUCUCCA